GUGCUGAGGAACUAGGGUCUGCUAGCCAAUCACGACAGCGCUAUGUGACGUCACUGUGGUCUCCUUGAAAGGAGCUCCCUGGAAACACCAACCCUGAAGCAGCUCGUGGGAAGUUACUGGUCCCCUUCGAGGCCAAAAAGCUUUUCUUCCCUGGAAAUGAACACAAGGACUGGACUCUCCUUCUUAGCUCUGGGUGUUUUGGCAGAGUAUCUUGGAGACAUCUUUGCUCUGAAUCAGGAGGAGGAGGAAUAACAAGGAAUAACAUAAUAUGACUCUAUUGGCAUGAAAAACAAAGAUGGAUGAGCCAGAGUUACCUGGUCCUGAAGACAGAAGAGGCCCUGAUGGCACUUGUGCUGAGAGCAGUGGGGAAUUCUGGGAGAAGACAGUCCAGAAAUUCUUGUGGAAGGACAUGACCAGAUCAGAUCCACAGAGCCAACACUUCAGGCAGUUCUCCUUUGAUAAGUUUGAGGCCCCUCGAGAGCUUUGCAGCCAACUCUAUCAUCUCUGUUGUCAAUGGCUGAAGCCAGAGCGUCACACCAAGACCCAGAUCCUGGACCUCGUGAUCCUGGAGCGGUUCCUGACCAUUCUUCCUCCAGAGAUGGCCAACUGGGUCAGGGAAUGUGGGGCAGAGACCAGUUCCCAGGCCGUGGCCCUGGCGGAAGGUUUUCUUCUGAGUCAGGCAGAGGCCAAGAAACAGAAAAAACAGCUGGUCACAAAUCCCUUGGUAAAAGCUACAUCUGAAUUCCCUGUGGCAGAGAAGGCUCUAUUGGUCACCAGACAGUGUCCCCAGUGGAAGGUGAUCAAGCAGGAGAGUGAUGGAGGCACUCUGUUGCAAGAGUCUGAAACGAGACCCCCAAGAAGUCCUCAGUUGUCUCUUCCUCCUUUUUGUGAUGGAGCAGAACCAUAUCAGAGCCUGGUGGCAUUUGGGGAGAUGGCUGUAUCUUUCUCUCCAGAGGAGUGGGUCCUGCUGGAUCCAGACCAGAGAGCCCUGCACAGGCAGAUCAUGGUAGAGAUCCAUGAGAUCGUGGCCUCUCUAGCAGAAAACUGGAGAUAUGACUGUGCUAAGUAUGGGAAAUGUUCUAGACAAAAAUUGGAACUUACCUACCACCAGCAAAGCCAACAUUCAGAAGAGGAAAGUUACAUCCAAGAGAAUCUCUGCAAAUGCAGUGUUUCUGGGAAAUGUUUUCCCCAAAAUACAGCACUUGUUCCUCAUGAGAGACUCGAUGCUGGAAAAACACACUUUCAAUGUGAUGUUUCUAUGAAAGAUUUUGGUUAUAAAUUGCACAAUGUGACCAGCCAAGAAGCCCACACAGUAAAGAAGUCAUACACAUGCCAGGAGUGUGGCAAAUGUUUUGGUUACAAAUUGCAUCUUGUGACACAUCAGAGAAUCCACACAGGUGAGAAACCGUACAAAUGCCAGGAGUGUGGGAAGUGCUUUGCUUACUAUUCACUACUUAUGGCACAUUGGAAAGUGCACAGAGACUUUUUGAGCCAUUGGAAAAUCCCCACAGGAGAAAAUCCCUUCAAAAACUGGGAAUGUCGGAAAUAUUUUUCUCCAAAGAUAAUCCUUGUGGGGCAUGAGAGCAUCCACACAGGAGAAAAACCCUACAAAUGUCAGGAGUGUGGCAAAUAUUUCGCUCAAAAAGCAUGGCUUGCGAUGCAUCAGAGGGUGCAUACAGGAGAGAAACCCUACAAAUGUCAGGAGUGUGGAAAAGGUUUUGCCCGAAGAGCAAGCCUUUUGAAGCACUGGAGAGGCCACACAGGAAAGAAACCCUACAAAUGUCAGGAAUGUGGAAAAUGUUUUGUCCUGAGGGCAGUCCUUGUGAGGCAUGAGAAUAUCCACACAGGAGAAAAAUCCUACAAAUGUCAGGAGUGUGGCAAAUAUUUUGCUCAAAAAGCAUGGCUUGCGAUGCAUCAGAGGGUGCAUACAGGAGAUAAACCCUACCAAUGUCAAGAGUGUGGAAAAGGUUUUGCCCGAAGAGCAAGCCUUUUGAAGCACCGGAGAGGCCACACAGGAGAGAAACCAUACAAAUGUCAGGAAUGUGGGAAAUGUUUUGUCCUGAAGGCAGUCCUUGUGAGGCAUGAGAAUAUCCACACAGGAGAAAAACCCUACAAAUGUCAGGAGUGUGGUAAAGGUUUUACUGAGAAUUCGGCCCUUUUGAUCCACCAGAGAGUUCACACAGGUGAAAAACCAUACAAAUGCCAAGAAUGCGGGAAAGGUUUUACUCAGAAUUCACACCUUCAAGGCCACCAGACUGUCCAUACAGGACAGAAACCGUUCCAGUGCCAAGUGUGUGGGAAAGGCUUUUCUUGGAAUUCAGCUUUCGUGAGGCAUCAAAAAAUCCACACAGGGGAGAAACUAUAUAAAUGUCAGCAGUGUGGGAAAUGCUUUUAUCGCAAUUCAGAACUUCUGCUACAUCAGAGCAGUCACACAGGAAGCAAACCAUACAAAUGUGAGAAAUGUGAAAAAUGUUUUGCUCAAAAGGCUGUGCUUGUGCAUCACCAGAGAACACACACAGGAGAGAAACUAUAUCAAUGCCAGGAUUGUGGGAAAUCAUUUGCUCAGAAUUCACACCUUCUAGGUCACCAGAGAAUCCACACGGGAGAGAAACCAUACCAAUGUCAGGAGUGUGGAAAACGUUUUACUGGGAAUUCGGCUCUUUCGGUCCACCAAAGGGUUCACACAGGAGAAAAACCAUACAAAUGCCAAGAAUGCGGGAAAGGUUUUGCUCAGAAUUCACACCUUCAAGGCCACCAAACAAUCCACACAGGAGAGAAACCGUACCAGUGCCGGGAGUGUGGGAAAGGGUUUUCUUGGAAUUCAGCCUUUGUGAGGCAUCAGAAAAUCCACACAGGAGAGAAACUGUAUGUAUGCCAGCAGUGUGGGAAAUGUUUUCAUCUCAGUUCACAGCUUGUGCUGCAUCAGAACAGCCACACCGGAAACAAACCACACAAAUGUGAGUUCUGUGAAAAAUGUUUUACUCAGAAAGCAGAUUUUGUGAAGCACCGGCGAAUACAUACAGGAGAGAAACCGUACAAAUGCCAGAAUUGUGGGAAAUGUUUUGCUCAGAAUUCACACCUUUUACGUCACCAGAGAAUCCACACUGGAUAGACCAUACCAAUGUCAGCAGUACACUGGAGAGAAACCACAUAAACGCCAGGAGUGUGGGAAAUGUUUUGCUCAGAAAAGACAUCUUGUGACCCACCAAAGAGUUCACACCGAGGGGAAACCUAUAAAUGUGGCGAGUGUUUUGAUUACAAGUUGCAUCUUGUGAAGCAUCAGGGAAUCGACACAUGAGAGAAUCCCUACAAAUGUCAGGAACAUGGAAAAGCAAACUUUGUGACCCACCAGUAAGUCCGUACAAGAGAGAAACAAUACAAAUGAGAGGAGUUUGCACAUUGUUUUGUUCUGAAGUCAGAACUUGUGAAGCAUCAAAUAAUCCAAACAUAAGAGAAGCCAUAUAAAUGCCAGACAUUUCUUACUCCAGACCAGGAGUGUCAAAUUCAUUGUCACCAAUGCCACAUCAGCCUUAUAGUUGCCUUCAGAGGGCCGCUUUUAAUUUUAAGACUGUUUGAUAUAAAUGUUUCCAGUUAUUGAAAGCCUCACGGACCAUAUAAAAUGAUAUGAGGAGCCAGAUUUGGCCCACAGCCUUGCGUUUGACAUGUGUCUUCCAGACCAUAGAAUUACAGCAAGCCUUCACUUUCACAGGUGCAAGACCUCUAUGAUAAUGGGAAAACCACAAAUAAAAGAUAAUAAUAAUAAUAA